AUGUUAUCCCAAUACACUCGAGGUAUCGAACUCAAUUCCCUCACCCUCACAUGGUCACGUCACAGAUUGGGAUCAUUUCUCUUCCAACGAAUCCAAAAAGAUGGCAAGGAUUCCCGAUUUGACACUCUCAAGCCGUACUUCUUCCGAUUCUUCAAUGUUUGGUCCAUCCAAGGCCUGUGGGUGUUCUUAACGGCAUUGCCCGUGUACACCCUUAACAGUAGCGAAGACACAAGACCAUUGACGUUUGUCGACUUAUUAGGCCUCUGUCUGUGGGUAUUUGGCUUUGCCUUGGAGGUGACGGCUGAUCGACAGAAGUCUGAGUGGCGAGACAACCCCGUGAACAAAGGUCGGUUCAUUACGGUGGGUCUGUGGGGUCUGAGUCGACAUCCCAACUACUUCGGCGAGUCUACGCUGUGGCUGGGCAUGUUUAUAGUGAGUACACCCAUCCUGCACGGGUGGCAAUGGAUCUGCGCUAUCAGCCCCAUCUUUGUUGUGUUGCUGUUGACGAAGGUCUCCGGAGUGCCACUACUAGAGAAAAAAGCAGACGAGAAAUGGGGCGAUGAAGAGGAGUAUCAGAAAUACAAGCGGGAGACACCUAUAUUUAUCCCGAAAUUGCCCUCAAUGUAGUCUAAAAAAAGAUCAACAAAAAUAAAAUCAAGGAUGUAUAUACUUAUAUGAAAG